CAGACUUGCGUAGGAGUAAAGGGAGGAAUCAUCCUGACAGCUGCCAUUGGGAAAGAGGCACUCGCCGAGCUGAUCAUACCAAAAGUUUCUACAAAAUGUUUCUACAAAUUUUAACCGUUCUUGUUGUUGGUCAUCUGCAAGCUUUCUACUGUACGGUGACCACUGUAGGAGAUCUGGUUGUACUUGAGGGUCAGUCUGUCAACGUUCCCUGCCAUUACAACCCACAGUACACCAGUCAUGUGAAGUACUGGUGCCAAGGCUUGAUGAGAGAGUUCUGUACCAGCCUGGCUCGCACCGAUGACCUUGAAUCUGCCCCGAAUGGGAUGGGACGGGUGACGAUCGCUGAUGACCCCACUCAGCAUGUGUUCACCGUGACCAUGCGGAAUCUGAUGGAGGGGGAUUCAGGGUGGUACUGGUGUGGUGUGGAGGUCGGGGGAAUGUGGAUUUCUGACAGCACGGCCUCUCUUUAUAUCAGUGCCGUUCAGGGCGUGUCAGUGUUGAGCAGUGCGGUGAGUGCAGAUGAAGGAGACAGCAUCAGUGUUCAUUGUAACUACAGUCAAAACCUCAGGUCCAGUGAAAAGAGAUGGUGUCGCAGUGGUGACUGGAGCUCCUGUGUGGUGACGGACUCAAACGGGAUGUUCAGCAGUAAACAGGUGCUCAUCCGUGAUGACAGAAAGAGCGCGUUCACCGUGACGUUUCAGCAGCUGGAGAGGCGAGAUUCAGGGUAUUACUGGUGUGCGGCGGGUCAAAAUCAGGUGGCUGUUCAUGUGUCAGUCACUCCACGCACUACAACAGCAUCUUCUGUCCAGAUUGGGUCAACAGCUGCACUUCAACCCUUGAUGAAGUCAGACGAUUCGCACAGUCACCGUCUUUUGGAGUCCCCGUGGAUUGUGUGUGGGAUUGUGUUGUGUUGUGUUGUGAUAUUUGCGUUUCUGGCAAUUUUGACAUUUCGUCAACAGUGUAAGAAGAAACACAAACAUCAAGAGACAAGUGAAUUGAAUGAUAAACUCACAAUGUGUCCAUGGAAAGAAGGCGACUACAAGAACACUUCGGUCAUUUUCCUGAACACGCCAGCUCAUCAGGUUCACGUGGUUUGAUAGAGAACACGUGGCAAGUCCUUCAUUACAGGAAGCACAAAAAAACACUUGACCACUUAAAGGACGCAUUUCCUGGGUAUGACCCAACGUGGCAAGUAUGAUGACUUUAUUGACUUUAUAUAACCAAAAACACCUGAUCUCUUCAUUCAUUUGCAAUUCUUUGUAAUUCUAAAGAAAGAAACAACAUACAUUUGAACAGCAUAAAUUGAGUGAGUGAUAACAUUUUUUAAGUUUAGGUAUAUUAAGUGAGAUGCUGAGUUGUGUGCGGCGUAGAGAUCAUUUUCCAUUUUAAUGCAUCUGUCAUGUUAUGCAUUUCUUGCCUGUCAGAAGCGAACCCUGAGGUUGUUAAAAACAGUUCAGAAUGUGUGAAUAAUGUGUGAAAAACACUAUAACACACUGUUUUAACACUAUGUAACGGCUUAGCUUUUGCACAAAAAUAAAUAACAGCUUAAUUUGCAUUCACUUUCUCAUAUCACAUGAAACAGUCAAAUAAAUUAUAGGAAUCAAAGGAUAGAGUACGGU